UAGCUUCAACCUGACGCCACUCCAGACACAGACAGAAAGAUGGACGGUCCUCCAGCAAACGAUUUCUGCUCGGUGUGCCAUAGCAACUUCAAGAUCCCUUGUCAAGCCAAUUGUUCUCACUGGUUUUGCGUUGAUCGUUACUCGCCUGAAAUGAUUGAACUCUCAGCGUUACCCUCGACCUGUGAAAACCUAGCCUUUUCUAUCUAAUAUAUCAAACAUAAGUUAGGUAUGGGGAUUGUAUAAUGCUUGUUUGGCAUCAUGGAUCAGCACUCCAGCCGUGUAAAUGUCCCUUAUGUCGUCGUCAAAUUACAUUGUUGGUUCCUGGAGAGGCUUCAUUAAGUCAGCGACAUGAUCCCGAUGUUGCUGAGAUUCUUGGAAAGGUUCAAACAUACAAUCGCCUUUUUGGAGGGCAUGCCAAUGGCCUUUUUCAGAGAAUGCAGGAUCUUCCAUUUCUCCUUCGAAGGUUGUUACGAGAACUGAUGGAUCCUCAAAGAUCCCUUCCUCUUGUUAUUAGAGCCCGUGUCUACAUAGCAAUGAUUCUAAGUGUCAUCUACAUAGUCAGCCCCAUUGACAUUAUUCCAGAAGGAAUAUUGGGAAUAGUUGGCCUAUUGGAUGAUCUCCUUAUAGUGCUCAUCUGCUUCCUCCAUGUUGCUGCCAUUUACCGGUCGAUACUUUAUUUCCGUCAUGGAGGUUCAUGAGCUCUCCUCCAGUUACGACAUAAAAUCGCAGAGAAGUGGGAGCCACAAUAAAGGAAAAGAAAAAAUUGUAUGCAUUCUCCUCGGAUACACAUGUUCUUUCUACAAGAUAAAACAGUUUUUUUUUUUUUUGUCCUUGGUUCCUCUCUGUACGACAGUUGGUUGCACUGCAAUGGCAAAGCUCCUCCUCCCUCCCCGCCCCGACUUAACAGUGUUUAUGUAAGCAGACGUGGAUUUUCUUUCUGUAUAUGGAGGAAAAAUAAUUGUUGUCUAUCUAA